AUGGUUACUUGGAGAGCCUGGUCGCGAUUGCUGGGCCAUCAUCGAGCUAGUCAAUUGAAAAUUCCGAGGGUGACGGCCGCGGCAAACGCUCUGUGCGGCCUCCUGCCGAACAUCGGCGGAGCAGGAGUGGGAGUUCGUCGACUCUACGAGGGGGUGAUCCGGUCCCGAGUACUGUACGGGGCCCCGGUGUGGGCUGAAGACCUGGCGGCGAGUCGGCGCAGCCUGAUCGCGCUGAGGAGACUGCAUAGGACGACGGCUAUUCGCAUCGCCAGGGGGUACAGGACGACGUCGUACGCGUCGGCGACCGUGCUGGCGGCGUCGCCCCCGUUCGAGCUGCAGGCCCUGGCGCUCCGACGGGUGUACGAACACCUGAGGGGCUCGAGCUCGGACGGGCCGCUAUCCCCGAACAUCCGGGAGGAGGCCAAACUGGAGAUCUGGGAGCGAUGGCGCUCUCGACUGCUGGAAGAGGACGCCGCGCGGCCGCACCGAGCCGUUCGCGCCGUGCUUCCCAACUGGGACGCCUGGAGAGAGCGAGGCGGGGUACCGCUGACAUUCCGGGUGACGCAAUUGCUCACCGGGCACGGAGUGUUCGGCGAGUACCUGCUGAGGAUUCGCAGAGAGGUGACGUCCACCUGUCACCAUUGCGAGGAAGAGGGGGACACGGCGCAACAUACGUUGGAGUUUUGCCCGGCGUGGGCGGAACAGCGACGCGUCCUGCAGCUCGAAAUCGGCGAGAGGUUGGCCCCGGAAGCGUUGGUGGAGGCCAUGCUCAGAGGGCGUCGGGAGUUCGCCGCCGUUCGCACUUUCUGCGAGCAGGUGAUGCUUGCGAAGGAGCGGGCGGAAAGAAACAGGGCGAGAACGCGGCAUCCUUCGAGGACGACGCAACAACAACAUCGGAGGAACACCACGCGCCAUGGAGGCGCGACGCCGCCGCGGCCACCGUAG